AUGAGAGCUUUUCCUUUNACCCUUCAAGGAGCAGCUCAAGAUUGGUGGUAUUAUCUCUCUGCACGGAUUACAAAUUGGGAAACCAUUGAAAGACUAUUUCUUGAAAAGUAUUUUCCUGCAUUUAGAUUAUCUGCCAUCCGUAGAGAAAUUCAAGAUAUAAGGCAGAGAGAUAGAGAGAAUCUUAGUGAAUAUUGGGAAAGAUUCAAGAAAUUAUGUGCUUCAUGCCCUCAACUCCAAAUGGUAGACUUCAUUCUAAGCUUUUAUGAAGGCUUAAGUCCAACUGAUAGGUCAUGGGCAGAUGCUGCAAGCGGAGGAUCUUUCUUAGACAGGUCACCAGAAGAUGGGAUAGAUCUAAUAGAACGGAAGGCAGUAGACAAUCAACAGUAUGGAACAAGAGAAAACUCAGUGACUUUGUUGAAAGGAGUGCAUGAAAUUGAAAACGGUGUAGUUAAUGGAAGGAGGAUAGAGGAAAGAUUGAAUAAUCUAGAAAGCAAACUCGACAAGAUUGCAAGUUUGUUUAAACCCUCUACACCACAAAUUGCUAAAAAGUGUGGAAUUUGCAUUUCAACUUAUCACUACACUGAUGAAUGUCCUAGCUUGAUGGAAACUACUGUGGAAAACUCAUCCCAAGCUUUUGCUGCGAACAUGUUUGGAGGAAAUAGACCAUACCAGAAUUAUCAUGAUUCAUUCUCCAAUAGGUAUCAACAGAACAUGCAACCUUAUGUUUCAUCUCAACAAAGGCAACCUUAUGUUCCACCUCAACAAAGGCAUCAACCUCAGCCUGAAAUGUCACUACAAGAUUUCAUGAAAACAACGCUUGAGCAAAAUUCAGAGAUCAAGAAAUCAAUUGUAGAUUUGACUCAGAGGAUGGAAAAGUUAGAGGCUAAGGAGUCAAAUAAGUUGCCUGCACAAACAGUGAUCAACCCGCAAAAUGUAAGUGCUAUUAGUUUAAGAACGGGUAAGCAAGUACAAGGCCUUGAUGGAGCCCAAGAGGAUGAAGACAAGGAGAAAGAAGAAGCACAAAUUGAUGACAAUGGAGGACCAAAUGAACCAUCACCUGAGACUACCACUGAGAAAUCCAAGUCNGUGGAGAUCAACAUUCCCUUGCUGGAUGUUGUUAAGCAAAUCCCUAAAUACGCCAAGUUUUUGAAAGAAAUUUGCACAAAUAGAAGGCGUUUUAGGGAUAAUGAGGUUGUGAAUUUAGGAAGAAAUGUGUCAAGCUUGAUUAAGAANNAUAUUGAAAUACCGCGAAAAUGCAAGGAUCCAGGUAUGUUUUCUAUUCCUUGUGUUAUUGGAAAUUCAAAGUUUGACAANGCCAUGUUAGAUUUAGGGGCUUCCAUCAAUGUAAUGCCUUUAUCAGUGUUUACUUCUCUAUCUCUGGGACCUCUUAAGACUACUGGUGUGGUCAUUCAACUGGUCAACCGUAGCACAGUUAACCCUGCAGGUUUGCUUGAGGACGUGCUUGUCCAAGUAGACAAGUUAAUUUUUCCUGCAGAUUUCUAUAUCUUGGACAUGAAGGAUGAUGAUGGAAUCAGUCCAACAACUAUUAUCUUGGGAAGACCCUUCAUGAUGACAGCACGAACCAAGAUAGAUGUGCAUGCAGGAUCAUUGACAAUGGAGAUAGGAGACGAGAAAGUGCGCUUCAACGUGUUGGAAUNUGGGAAGCAUCCGAUUAAAGAUCAUUCUUUAUUUUGUAUUGACUUAUCAAGUGAUGCUAAACCAAUGAGACAACCUCAAGGAAGACUGAAUUCUCAACUGAUGGGGGUUGUAAAGAAAAGGGACACCAAGCUGCUACAAACAGGUAUUAUAAACCACAAUUCUGACAGCAUUUGGGUGGGCCCUAUGCAUGCGGUCCCGAAGAAAGGUGGAAUCACAAUGGUCAAGGACGAGAAGGACAAGUUGACUCCUAUUCAAGACAGAAGUGGAGCACAUGAUAUAGUAGUUGACCAACUUAGUAGGAUUGAAAAAGGAAAAGAUAACAUUCCAAUUCAGGAUGACUUUUCCGAUGAAGUCCUACUAGCAUUCCUUCCACCAUGA